GUCAGCCGUUUGGGUCCGCCAGCCAUCCACAUCCAAAUCAGGGCUUCUCACUGAUUUCAAAACCAGGAAAAUGGUAACAUGUUAAUUUAAGAUUUUAUUUGUUACACUGAAAUCGAAAAAUAUAUAAAUUUUUGUAGACUUUAUAAUAUUUCCCUUGCUGGAUGUCUGGUUUACCAGAUGGUCCCAUGCUGGAUGUCUGGUUUAUCAGAUGACCCCUUGCUGGAUGUCUGGUUUAUCAGAUGGUCCCAUGCUGGAUGUCUGGUUUAUUAGAUUUCCCUUGAUGGAUGUCUGGUUUAUCAGAUUUCCCUUGCUGUAUGUGGGGUUAAUCAGCUACUUCUAUGGACUUAAUGCUUACUAUUUAGCAACUAAGUAUUUUGAAUUAAUUAACAAUGUGAAAAGUUAUCCCUGAAUAACAAGACUGCAUAUAACUUCCAAAUGAACUCUUUAUGGCAACUGUCGUUUCCGAUAGUGACCGGGUAAUCCUGUGUUCUAGUCGUGCAUCCUGUGUUCUAGGCACGCAAACAUGUGUUCUAGACGCGCAAUAAUUUGUUCCAGUCGCACAAUUCCGUGUUCUAGACGCGCAAUCCGGUGUUCUAGGCGCCAGCAUUGCCGUCUGGAUAAUGUUUCCCUUUCAUUUUGAACCCUCAAUGUUUUUAGUCAGCAAUAAUUUGGCUGAAUCCUCUUCGAUUAAUCCCGUGUAACAUCUUUCAAAUAAACGUAGAUUAUUUAUACAUGCAUCACUUUAAGUGUUCCUUCUUCAUUUCUUUACUACUCACAUGGUCGUGUGUGCAGUUCCCAGGCAGGCCGUGGUCAUCUUGGACAUUCACGCCUACCACUCUCCCGACCACAUGCACUCUAUUUUUCUUUGUAUUCCUUUUUACCCUGUCUGGGCCAUAGGCCGUCUACAAGAAUGUUCCAUUCAUCACGGUCCUGUGCUUUCCUUUCCAGUUGCUUCCAGGUGUAUUCCAUAUUUUGCGUGUCUGCCUCUAGCUCGCGUCUCCAUGUAUUCUUUGGCCUCCUUCCCUUUCGUUUUCUCUAUGGAUUCCAAUGUUAGCGAUUGCCUGGUGAUGUUAUCUGGGGGUCUUCGGAGAGUAUGCCUUAUCCCCCCUCCAUCUUUUCUUUAUGAUAUCUUCAUCAAUGGGCACCUGGUAAGUCCUUUGUUAGUGAUGGUAUUGGGCAAUUUGAUGUUCAGGCUCUUCCUAAAGCAAGUGUUUAUGAAGGUCUGUACUUUCUGUGUAAUACUCGCCGUUGUUGCCUGUUAUUACCACAGUUUAUUGCGUCCACUUAAUUUCAGAAAGGAGACUAUGGUAACCACUAAAAACAUUUGCAGCUAGUCGACUGUGUCUUCUGAAUGUGUGUUGUUUGACUAUUGCAUCCAAUACAUUUUUGAAACUGUAUCUUCCUAAAGUCUAACGUUCUGUCGUGCUGCAUCCACAGCUGCUCCAAGUACUGAUCGUUACUGCUGCUUUCAUAGCAACCAUGGAAACGGCUACCAUUGUCAAACGCGCGACAGGUAAGUGAAGAAGGAAGAGCAUACGGCUUGAUAUAUGUCAGGGCAUGUGCAACAUGGCGGUAUUUUAUGUCUUGCUAUAUGUCAGGACAUAUACAGCGUAGAAGUAUUUUAUGUCUUGCUAUAUGUCAGAGCAUAUGCAACUUGGCGGUAUUUUAUGUCUCGCUAUGUGUCAGGACAUAUACAGCGUGGCAGUGAUUUAUGCCUUGCUAUAUGUCAGGAUAUAUGCAACAUGGCAGUGUUUUCUUCUUCUUCUUCUUCUAUAUCUUAAGGGCCCACGAUCAAUUUAUUGAUCAUUUUUGCUCAUCUUUCAAUAUUGUCGCACUUAUUGACGAGCACUUAUUAUUUAACACUGUUUUUUUUUUCGAUACUUAGAGUGGAUAAGUACUAGAUAUCUCUAAUUGUAUUUUUGUCCAGUAUCUGCCUCUAUUUGUAUUUUUGUCCAGUACCUGUAAUAUCCAUUAAACUAUGUAAAGUAUUGCACCAUUGGUUGUAUUAUACCACUGUUAUUUAUAAUCACUGUUUCGAUUGAUAUCUUACCACUGUUAGACACUUCUUUGUUAAGUAAACACAUUGACUAAAUAGUUAACGGCUGUUGCAACCUAGGUACAAAGAAUUUUUUUUUGGCAAAGACGAUGACGUCAAAAUCGGAGUAGCAAAAACAUUAAUCGCACCGAAACACACAAAAACGGCAAUAUAAAAUAGUUUACAAGAUAAGUCCACUGAGUAUCCUUCAUCAAGAUAUGAGUGGCUUGAUGCAUUACUGUGCAUUCGAAUUCAACUUUGACUAUUCCGUUAUAAGAAAGGUUGGAAAGCAUUGCUUUAUAUUAACUUCGCUUUUGUGGCUGGCUGGAGGGCAAAAUCUUCGGGCGGCUAACUGAUCCACUUCCCGUUAAACCAUCGAGCUGAAAUAGUGCACAUAGACGUGUGGAGUUGUUGCCGAUGACAAAACAUUCUAAUAUGUUCAGCCCCCUCAUCCCACCCCCACCACAACUCCAACCCCUAAAAUUAAGUUUUUCAAAGGGAAGAUGAAGGUAAUAUGAAGACACUGAUUUUCGCGAAAUAAUAUUCCUGAUAACUACAUUAAAUUAGAUUAUUUAGAAAAGAAUUUCGCAAUUUCAUUAAAAUAUUUAUACCGUUCAGGGCGUGAAAAGAAAUUUUUGUUUGCGAGUCUGGGGGGGGGGGGGGGGGGGGUUUUUUGGGUUUUUUUAAAAAUGUGUCUGAAAAAAAAAUACCCCCAACCCCGCCCCCCCCCCCCCUUAAUAAAAAAAACAACAAAAAACCACCAAACAUUCCUACUCUACAUUUAUGAAAGCUCAAAGCUAUGAAUAAAGGCUUAUUAUUAUUACACAAAUUUGUAUAGCGUAGCACCAUAAAGGCAUUUGAAAAUAUUUCUUUAUUUCAACGUUAUUCACCACACUUUACUGUUGUAUAAUUCCAGCUCUUGGGACAGAGGGAUCUUGACCAAAUUGUUUUCAGGAGCCAUCUUUGGAUCGGGUCGAUUGAACGUGUCCAAUUUUGUCACGUACUUACUUACAUUUUGAGCUUACAUAUACUUACUUUCUUACUUACUCACGCCUUUUACCCCGUCUGGAGCAUAGGAAGUCCACACAAAUUUUCCAUUCAUCACGGUCGUGUCAUUUCCUCCCCAGCUUCAUCCAGGUGUGUCCUGUGCUUCGUAUGUCUGCCUCCAGCUCGCGUCUUCGUGUAUUCUUAAGCCUUCCCCCCCUCCCUUUCUUUUGCCCUGUGGAUUCCAUGUGAGGGAUCACCAGGCUCCGAAUUCUAUGGCGAUCCAUAAUUUUAUCUUCUUGUUAUAAAUUAUCCGAUUAAAUUCAAAUAAAAAUACACACAUACAUAUAUACUUGCAUACAUGCAUGCAUGGAAACAAAAAAAAAAAACAAACAAACAAACAAACCAGUCGCACUGAGGAUUACCUUAUAGUAAAUGGUGAGUUCAAAUUAAUUGGUAUGGUGUCUUGUUUCAGGGGAGUGCAAAGUGAACGGUGGCACCUACCCAGAUGGAAAGCCCUUUAAAAUUCCAGGCUUCCCACCAUGCAUCGAAUACUUUUGUAGGAGCGGACAGUUCUCUAUUUACAAAGAAGGUACGUCAAAGAUGAGGUGGGGAUGGGUCAAAGAUGAGGUGGGGAUGGGUCAAAGAUGAGGUGGAGAUGGGUCACAGAUGAGGUGAGAAUUGGUCAAAGAUGAGGUGGGGAUGGGUCAAUGAUGAUGUGGAGAUGGGUCAAAGAUGAGGUGAGAAUUGGUCAAAGAUGAGGUGGGGAUGGGUCAAAGAUACGAUGAAACAUUAAUCCUAAGAUGACGCGAUGGCGAGCUAAAGAAAAAGUAAGGUGGGCUAAAUUUAAUGUGAAGGUGAGUCCAAGGUAUAUUGAAUGUGAGAACAAGGUAAGGAGAAGAUGAGUAAAUGAUAAAGUGAAGAUGAGUAUAAGAUGCAGAGAAGGUGGGUAUGAUAUAUAGAGAAAUUUAGUAUGAGAUAUAGAGAAGUUUAGUAUGAGAUAUAGAGAAGUAUGAGAUAUAGAGAAGUGAAGUAUAAGCUAACGACAGAAUGGGGUUGGGCUGAUUGAUUAUUUUUCUAUGAAGCCCUUACAAUGUCACCUGUUGGGCUUAAAUAUUAAACUAAGAGAUCACGGUUUGUACAACCAGCACGCAUAGAUGACAAUGAAUGUACGCGUGAGUGAUAGGAUAGAUGUAUUCACGUGUAAAACAUGGGAUAGGCAGUAACCCAUGGGAUAAAAGUCAGCAUAUCAUGGGAUAUAUAUUGGACCAGUGAAUCAUCGGAUAGAUCCCAGUAAAUCAUAAAAAAGAUCCCAGUAAAUCAUAAACUAGAUCCCAUUAAAUCAUAAAAUAGAUGCCAGCAAAUCAUGAGAUAGAUGCCAGCAAAUAAUGAGAUAGAUCCCAGUAAAUCAUCAAAUAGAUCCCAGUAAAUCAAAAACUAGAUCCCAGUAAAUCAUAAAAUAGAUCCCAGUAAAUCAUAAAAUAUAUCCCAGUAAAUCAUAAAAUAGAUCCCAGUUAAUCAUAAAAUAGAUCCCAGUAAAUCGUGGGAUAGAUCCAAGAUCCCAGUAAAUCAUAAAAUAGAUGCCAGUAAAUCAUAAAAUAGAUCCCAGUUAAUCAUAAAAUAGAUCCCACUUAAUCAUAAAAUAGAUCCCAGUAAAUCAUAAAAUAGAUCCCAGUAAAUCAUAAAAUAGAUCCCAGUUAAUCAUAAAAUAGAUCCCAGUAAAUCGUGGGAUAGAUCCAAGAUCCCAGUAAAUCAUAAAAUAGAUCCCAGUUAAUCAUAAAAUAGAUCCCAGUUAAUCAUAAAAUAGAUCCCAGUUAAUCAUAAAAUAGAUCCCAGUAAAUCAUAAAAUAGAUCCCAGUAAAUCAUAAAAUAGAUCCCAGUAAAUCAUAAAAUAGAUCCCAGUUAAUCAUAAAAUAGAUCCCAGUAAAUCAUAAAAUAGAUCCCAGUAAAUCAUGAAAAUAGAUGCCAGUAAAUCAUUGUAUCUACAUACAUAAUGUAAAUCAUGGGAUAGAUUACAGAUAAUCUCGGAAUAAAAACUUUGAACCGUAAUAUAGAUACAUUUAGAAAGGGUUCUAUAAAAUAUGAAACAGUUUUUUUCUAACUUUUGUGAACAAUGAUUGUGUGCCACAAUGUGUUGUCUGCAUUCACCAGGCUGUUCAACUGUGGAGGAUAGCAAUGCCGUGUUUCAUAGUUAUAUUUUCUUUACUCACCAGGCUGUUCAACAGUGGACAAUGGCAAAAAUGUGUGUCAUGACGUCAACUCGACUUGGAAAAAGGGGUGCACGACCUGGAGAUGCACCAAGUCAGUUAAAAAUGGUGUGCCCACUUACUCCACGUCAUCCUCGGCUACAAGUAGGUCAAUGUUCUUGAUACCACCGUGGGGGGGGGGGGGUAACCUGAUUGGGGACAUUAUGCUAUUCUGAAGAUGAGGCUAUGCCGUUAUGAUGGCGAGGCUAUGCCAUUAUGGUGUUGAGGCUAUGCUAUUCUGAUGGGGAGGCUAUGCCAUUCUGAUGGUGAGGCUAUGCAAUUUUGAUGGUGAGGCUAUGCCAUUCUGAUGGUGACGUUAUGUCAAGGCUGAUGCUGAGUUUUUUGUCGGCCUGAUAGUUAGACUGGACUAGCGGUAUAGUGAAACUUGUCAAUGCUGAUGACGAGGCCUGGCCAGCCUAUGGGUGAGGGUGGGCAACUCUGUUAUUUUGAGGGCCUGGCCAGCCUAUGGGUGAAACAGUACUUAGGCUCAAACCAAACAAGAGAAUAGAAGAAAUAUAGUUCAAUAAUUAUUUGUAUCAUUAGUAGAAUCAGACUAGCGUGGCGUAAUGACGCUAUCGAGCGUAAAGCAAACAAAGGACAACCGUGGUGAGCUCAGCACAUAUUGUAAACGGAGUUGACAGAUUUUGCAAUUUACUGAAGCCCACGAGUUUUGUAUUGUAUUUAAGAUACCAAAAUAAGAGACAAGAAGUAAGAAACCCUAAUAAGAGAGAAGAGGUAAGAAACCCUAAUAAGAGAGAAGAGGUAAGAAAACAUUAAUAAGAGAGAAGAUGUAAGAAAGCCUAAUAAUAGAGAAGAGGUAAGAAACCCAAAUAAGAGAGGACAGGUAAGAAACCCUAAUAAGAUAGAAUAGGUAAGAAACCCUAAUAAGAGAGAAGAAGUAAGAAAUCCUAAUAAGAGAGAAGAGGUAAGAAACCCUAAUAAGAUAGAAGAGGUAAGAAAUCCUAAUAAGAUAGAAUAGGUAAGAAACCCUAAUAAGAUAGAAUAGGUAAGAAACCCUAAUAAGAUAGAAGAGGUAAGAAACCCUAAUAAGAGAGAAGAGUUAAGAAACCCUAAUAAGAUAGAAUAGGUAAGAAACCCUAAUAAGAGAGAAGAGUUAAGAAACCCUAAUAAGAUAGAAUAGGUAAGAAACCCUAAUAAGAGAGAAGAAGUAAGAAAUCCUAAUAAGAGAGAAGAGGUAAGAAACCCUAAUAAGAGACAAGAAGUAAGAAACCCUAAUAAGAGAGAAGAGGUAAGAAAUCCUAAUAAGAGAGAAGAGGUAAGAAGCCCUAAUAAGAGACAAGAAGUAAGAAACCCUAAUAAGAGAGAAUAGGUAAGAAGCCCUAAUAAGAGACAAGAAGUAAGAAAUCCUAAUAAGAUAGAAUAGGUAAGAAGCCCUAAUAAGAGACAAGAAGUAAGAAACCCUAAUAAGAUAGAAUAGGUAAGAAGCCCUAAUAAGAGACAAGAAGUAAGAAAUCCUAAUAAGAUAGAAUAGGUAAGAAGCCCUAAUAAGAGACAAGAAGUAAGAAACCCUAAUAAGAUAGAAUAGGUAAGAAACCCCAAUAAGAGACAAGAAGUAAGAAACCCUAAUAAGAUAGAAUAGGUAAGAAGCCCUAAUAAGAGACAAGAAGUAAGAAACCCUAAUAAGAUAGAAUAGGUAAGAAGCCCUAAUAAGAGACAAGAAGUAAGAAACCCUAAUAAGAGAAAGAAACCCUAAUAAGAUAGAAUAGGUAAGAAGCCCUAAUAAGAGACAAGAAGUAAGAAACCCUAAUAAGAUAGAAUAGGUAAGAAGCCCUAAUAAGAGACAAGAAGUAAGAAACCCUAAUAAGAGAGAAUAGGUAAGAAGCCCUAAUAAGAGACAAGAAGUAAGAAAUCCUAAUAAGAUAGAAUAGGUAAGAAGCCCUAAUAAGAGACAAGAAGUAAGAAACCCUAAUAAGAUAGAAUAGGUAAGAAGCCCUAAUAAGAGACAAGAAGUAAGAAAUCCUAAUAAGAUAGAAUAGGUAAGAAGCCCUAAUAAGAGACAAGAAGUAAGAAACCCUAAUAAGAUAGAAUAGGUAAGAAACCCCAAUAAGAGACAAGAAGUAAGAAACCCUAAUAAGAUAGAAUAGGUAAGAAGCCCUAAUAAGAGACAAGAAGUAAGAAACCCUAAUAAGAUAGAAUAGGUAAGAAGCCCUAAUAAGAGACAAGAAGUAAGAAACCCUAAUAAGAGACAAGAAGUAAGAAAUCCUAAUAAGAUAGAAUAGGUAAGAAGCCCUAAUAAGAGACAAGAAGUAAGAAACCCUAAUAAGAGAGAAUAGGUAAGAAGCCCUAAUAAGAGACAAGAAGUAAGAAAUCCUAAUAGGAUAGAAUAGGUAAGAAGCCCUAAUAAGGACAAGAAGUAAGAAACCCUAAUAAGAGAGAAGAGGUAAGAAAUCCUAAUAAGAGAGAAGAGGUAAGAAACUCAAAUAAAUGUUCUUUGGAUCCCAUCCCAACCCCCUGUUGGUUGAAUCGUUAGAUCAUUUGCUCCCAACGAUAACCCAUAGAGUCAAUGAAAGCCGUCUUCUGGCACUUUUCCCUCUCUUUGUAAGUCGGCUGUCGUCAAACCAUUGCUUAAGAAGCCUGGUCUGGAUGAAAAUAAUUUUAAAAAAUUAUAGACCUCUAUCUAACUUAUCUUUCUUAUAUAAAGUCAUUGGGAAAAUUAGUUCUAAAACAACUUGUUGCUUACUUAAACGACCACUCUCUCGUCUGUCCUAAUCAGUCGGCCUAUAGAAACCCUAAUAAGAGAGAAGAGGUAAGAAACCCUAAUAAGAUAGAAGAGGUAAGAAGCCCUAAUAAGAGACAAGAAGUAAGAAACAGCACUGAGACAGCUCUCUUGAGAGUCACCAGUGACCUAUUGCUCGCAUUGGACAGCGGUGAUAUCUCCAUCCUGAUCCUCUUAGACCCCAGUGCGGCCUUUGACACUGUUGACCAUGAAACCCUUUACAAAAUGCUUGAAAAUUACUUUGGAAUUUCUGGUUUAGGUCCUACCUCUCGAUAGAACGCAGGCGGUCGCUGUCGAUGGCUGUCUCUCAGGCAGUGCUGACUUGAUGUACGGAGUGCCACAGGGGUCCGUUUUAGGCCCGGUUCUGCUCACAAUGUAUGCCAGACCACUGCUCCUCUUGCUCGGGAUGCAUGCUGUUGGGAGCCAGUCAUCCGCAGAUGACACUUAGCUAUACAAGCAUACCCAUCCCUCUCUUGUCGAUUCUGCUGUCCGGACUUUGCGAGAGAGCAUUGAAGACAUGGAUGACACUCAGCAAGUUGAAGCUUAAGGAUGACAAAAAGGGAAGCACUCCUUAUUCACGAUCACAGAUCAUCCUCUAACUCAGCUCUCCCCACUUCAUCUCAUGAAGUUAACGUACAGUUAACGUUCUCCGCUAGGAAUCUUGGUUAUAUUCUGUCCAACAACAUGUCUCUCGAUAAUCAUAUCUCUCACAUUUGUCGCUCUGCAUACACCGCUAUUCGUCAGAUCAGCUCCAUCCACCACUACCUCACAGUUGGCGCAACAAAACCCUAGUCUGUGCUCUAGUUCUCUCUCGUCUUGACUAUUGCAACUCUCUUCUAUCAGGUUCAUCAAAACAUUUCUUAGAAAAAUUACAAGAGGUUCAAAACUCAGCUUCUAGGCUAAUUCUAAAGGCAAAAAAACGUAAUCACGUCACACCACCACUUCAUUCACUUCAUGACUUCCUAUACAAGCACGUAUUGACUACAAACUCUCUGUUCUCUGCCACAACUUUUUCUCGAAUCCCCCCGCCCCUUUUUCCUAUUUAACCACACUUCUCUCUGUCUAUUCACCCCUUCGACAGCUUCGCUCCUCUGCAGAUGCGCGUAUUCUUUCUGUCCCCAAGACUCGCACAAAAACCAUACAGUGAACGAUCGUUCUCUUUCUGUGCCCCCAAACAAUGUAAUUCUCUUCCAUUACACAUUCGCAAUAAACCGACUAUCACAGCCUUCAAAGCCAAUCUCAAAACACAUCUAUUUGAAGUCUACUAUCUUGACUGAUUCCCACCUUUGACCAAUAAACGAUGCUGCUGGGUAGCCGUCCUUGGCUUGACAUGUAAACAGAUCUGGAAUGUGUGGAGUGAAUAUCCAUUUGUUUUGUUUUGUUUAAUUAAUGUAUGUUAAUUUUUAAGUUCAUUAUUUUGUUUGUUAAAUUUUAUGUACAGCUUGGUGAGCCCAGCAUGAGGCUGGAUGUACAGCGUGGUGAGCCCAGCAUGAGGCUGGAUGUACAGCGUGGUGAGCCCAGCAUGAGGCUGGAUGUACAGCGUGGUGAGCCCAGCAUGAGGCUGGAUGUACAGCGUGGUGAGCCCAGCCUGAGGCUGGAUGUACAGCGUGGUGAGCCCAGCAUGAGGCUGGAUGUACAGCGUGGUGAGCCCAGCAUGAGGCUGGAUGUACAGCGUGGUGAGCCCAGCAUGAGGCUGGAUGUACAGCGUGGUGAGCCCAGCAUGAGGCUGGAUGCACAGCGUGGUGAGCCCAGCAUGAGGCUGGAUGCACAGCGUGGUGAGCCCAGCAUGAGUAUGGAUGUACAGCGUGGUGAGCCCAGCCCGAGCCUGAGGGUACCGUGCUAUAUAAAACCACCACUAAUAAUGAUAAUAAGAGAGAAGAGGUUGGAUACCCUAAUAAUUUAGAAGAGGCACGAUACCCUCACAAGAGAGGAGAGGUAGGUUUUAAUCGAAUAAGAUGAACAUCUCAAGAAAUAUGUCAAUGUUAUGGUGAACCUUUGACGUCUGUCCUGUAAUGAAUAUUCUAUAACAUAUGAAAACGUUAUAUUUAUCCUGUGCUAAAUUUCCAUGCUAUGAUUCUCCCAAGUGACGUGUGUUCUCGUCAUGACUUUUCUUUGCUGCUCGGCAUCCACUGAUGUCAAUGUUACGAAUCUCCCAAGUGACACGUGAUAAUGUCAUGACUUUUCUUUCUUGUCCAGAAUGCGCUGAUGCCAAAGGUGUCUGCCAUUACCCUGGUGAAACGUUCUCAUACGUCAUUAACAACAAAGUACACACCAACUGCACAUGCACCAUCACAUCAGACAAUUUUACGAGCUACUCGUGUCAAGCACCCUCGGGCAAAUAGUAGGAGAGCCGCUGGUUUCUGACAACCGAUGGGGGUCAAGAGGCUGCGAUCUGAACGCUUAUGGGCGGUGUCCUAAUGAACAAUAGAGUCAGGGGCAGAGUCAGAGGUUGAGUCAGGGGUUGAGUCAGAAAUAAAGUGUCAGUUAAUAGCGAUGGCUUUUGUUUAUAUUUCAUACGGGUGUGUGCGUAUAAGUGUGUGUGUGUGGAUGAGUGGAUGGAUGUGUGUGUAAAAUGUGUGUAUUGAUGUGUGUGUUGGUGGAAAUAAUAUGUUUUUG